UUAAAAAACAAAAACAUAAGAUUCAUAGCAAAAAAUUAUGCAGAUGAAAUUGUUGUUGUGGAUGGUGGUGAUGAUGGUCAUAUUGCCAUCUUCUACCGUUACAGCAAGUUCAAAUAUUUCUUUAGAAAACUGCCCACAAACAUGUGGAAACGUUAGCGUUCCUUUCCCUUACGGAUUUGGCCGUCCUGAAUGCGCCAAAAACUCAUCCUUCCUGCUUGAAUGCAACCAGACCGGCAGCCUCUUGUUUGGCGACAUUUCAGUUUCCGAUAUAUCAUUGGAAAACGGCACCAUCACCGGACUCAUUCCCUCUGCCUACGCGUGCUACGACCAGAACGGUAGUUUGUCGACAAAGACUAUGGGGAGAGUCUUAUUCAACGGAAGCUCUUGCAUCAUAUCCCCCACCCACAACAGGUUUAUUGGCUUGGGCUGCGACACGAUGGCCAUGAUGAUCGACGAAAAAGGAAGGCUCAGAAGUGGGUGCAACACCUUCUGCUAUGACCGUGCAGACAUCAAGAACGACGGUUCUUGCUCCGGUUUCGGAUGCUGCCAGACCUCCAUCCCCAAGAACCUCCACCAAUUGAAAAUUAAUGUUACCAGUGCUUAUAAUCACAAAGAUGUUUUGGAUUUCAAUCCGUGCAGUUAUGCUUUUGUGCUUGCAAACUCCUUCAAUAUAUCGGAAAUAGACUUCCCUCGGUUCCUUGAUUAUCCGGAUACUGCUCCAAUGUGGCCUGUGGCGUUUGAAUGGGUGAUCGGAGAUCACCAAGGCUGCCAAGAUUAUUGCGGCCCUAAUGCUGAAUGCUAUUACUCCGACACUGGUGGUGGAUUUCGUUGUUCGUGCAAGCCAGGAGCUUCAUCCGUCCCUGUGCAAUAUAUUGAUGAGUGCAAAGAACCAAACAAGUAUCCUUGCCAUGGAACUUGCCAGAAUACCAUCGGGUCCUACACUUGCGAAAACAAAACAACCUGGCUUAUGAUUUUGGGUAGCUGUCUCGGGUUGACAGUAGUUUGUUUAGUUAUUGGUGCAUGGUGGUUGUCCAAAUUGUUAAAGAAAAGAAGGAAAUUGAAACUUCGAAGCCAGUUCUUCAAACAAAAUGGAGGCUUAUUAUUGCAGCAACAAUUGUCUUCAACUAAGGGUAAUGUUGAAAAGACCAAAAUAUUUAGUAUCGAGGAGUUGAAAAGGGCAACUGAUAACUUCAACAAGAAUAGAAUACUUGGUCAAGGAGGUCAAGGUACUGUUUAUAAAGGAAUGUUGGUUGAUGGAAGAAUUGUCGCAGUUAAGAAGUCCAAAGUAUUGGAUAAAGAGAAAGUUAAAGAUUUCAUCAAUGAGGUGAUCAUUCUGACACUGAUUAAUCAUAGAAACAUUGUUAAGUUAUUAGGAUGUUGUUUGGAAACUGAAGUUCCUUUGCUAGUUUAUGAAUUCAUCCCUAAUGGAACACUUUUUCAAUACAUACAUGAUAAGAAUGAGGAGUUUCCAUUAUCUUGGGAAAGACGGUUAACAAUUGCCUUAGAAGUUGCAAUUGCCCUUUCCUACUUGCACUCGGCAGCCUCCACUCCCAUUUAUCACCGAGAUGUCAAGUCCUCAAAUAUUCUACUAGAUGAAAAGUAUAGGGCAAAAGUUUCAGACUUUGGGACAUCAAGAUCAAUUGCUGUUGAUCAAACUCAUUUGACCACAAAUGUUCAAGGCACAUUUGGGUACUUAGACCCUGAAUAUUACCGAUCAAGUCAAUAUACAGAAAAAAGUGAUGUUUAUAGUUUUGGAGUUGUCCUUGUUGAGCUCUUAACUGGAGAAAAACCAAUUUCUUUAGAAAAGGCAGAAGAUGAAAGAAGUUUGGCCUCUCAUUUCAUUCUUUCCAUGGAAGAGAAUAACCUCUUUAACAUUCUUGAUGCUCGAGUUAAGGAUAGUUCUGCACCUGAAGAACUUAUAAAGGUCGCUAAACUUGCAUAUAGAUGCUUAAGCUUGUGUGGUAAAAAGCGGCCAAGGAUGACAGAAAUUGCUAUGGAGUUGGAGCAAAUUCGUUUUUUGCAAAACAAUUCAAAUGGUCGAAAAAAUCAUGAAGAGAUUACAUGUGUUGAAACUGAAGUAACCAAAUACUGGAAUGUUGCCCCAGGAGCUUCUACAGAUACAGAAUCACUAUUUUUAAGUGAAUCAGAAGGAUCCUAAGAAAAGAGAAUGAGCUCAAAUGUCAUAUGAUAGUGGCAGAUAUAUUAAGAUUUUGUAUAGUAUAACUGUAGGUUUUUUUUUUAUUAUUAUUUUAGUUUUGUUAAAUUUUGUAAAUUAAAAAAAAAACCUCAUU